AUGCCGACGCAGCCGAAUGAGAAGAUCGCGAAGGACAUAGUUAAUCCAUUACCGGAAACAACGAGCGGAAACAAAUAUAUUCUAUCCAUUCAAGAUUUGCUCACGAAAUACAUCACUCUUAUAGCACUAUGGGAAACAAUGAGCGAAAGCAUAUUAACAAAUCUACUAGAUCUAGGCGCUAACUUUGUAUCGGAAUUGAUUGGUAACUCCUUGUUUGACGAAGAAGGUGCAAAGAUCGUUAAUGAGCUCUUGGCAAAAGCAGAGAAGAAUGGAGUGAAAAUUCAUUUGCCUGUCGAUUUCGUCACUGCCGAUAAAUUUGCAGAAGAUGCUAUAGUUGGAGCUGCGGAUGUGGAGACUGGAAUUCCGGCCGGAUGGAUGGGUCUCGAUGUUGGCCCCAAAUCGAGGGAACUCUUUGCAGUACCUAUUAAACGAGCAAAGGUGAUCGUUUGGAACGGACCGGCGGGAGUAUUUGAAUUUGAAAACUUCAACAAGGGAACGAAAGCCCUCAUGGAUAACGUCGUCGAGGUCACAACUAAGGGCGCUAUAACAAUUAUUGGCGGAGGCGACACCGCCACUUGCGCCGCAAAGUGGAAAACUGAAGACAAAGUGAGCCAUGUGAGCACUGGAGGUGGCGCUAGUUUAGAACUUCUCGAAGGAAAAGUUUUGCCAGGCGUAGACGCACUGUCACCUUCGUAAAAUACCUGUUUUGAACCAAAAUCUAGUUUCAAAGCAAGGGACCGAUCUGUUAAACGUGAAACAAGCUAUGUAAAAUAUUUAAAAAGUUUAUGAGGUUCUUUUUUUAAAGUAAAGAGCCAUUUUCGAGGCGUUUGAAUAGAAAUGCUAUCAUUCCUGCAGUCUACAUUAGUAUUAAACGUCACUGUAUUAGAUACCAUUAAAUUGAAGUAAAUAAAAAUAUAAUU